UGCGCAUUUCCACUGUGUCUCGGAAUACGCUUAUCCCUUUCCUUUCCCUUUCCCUAAAAAUCAUCGCUUUUUUUAUCGCUAAAUCGAGCAAUUUGCGCUUUGAUUCCAUCUCCGAUCACUUUAUCCACUCCGAUUCAGUAGGAAAAAUGCCGACUUGGGCGGAAUCGAUGAGGUAAUUGCCUGAAUUGGAGGAGUUUUUCAGUUCUAGGGUUAGGGUUUUGUGGGGAGUGAUGGGAUCUGGAGGUUCGAGCAUGGUUGGGCCAGAGGGGGAUGGAAGGGCACGACAAAGGGGGUUGGCGGAUAUGCCGGAGAGCUGUGUUGCGGCUGUGAUGCUGCUGCUUGACCCGCCGGAGAUUUGUGGUCUUGCGAGGCUUGGGAGGUCGUUUAGGGCUGCAGCUGAUGCUGAUUUCGUUUGGGAAGCGAAGCUCCCUGCGAAUUAUCUUUACUUGAUGGAGGUGGCGGCGGAGGAGGGGAAGUGUUCUUGGGGUGGGAUGAGUAAGAAGGAGAUCUAUGCAAGGCUUUCACGACCUAUUCCUUUUGAUGGAGGAACCAAGGAAUUUUGGUUAGAGAAGUGUAAAGGCAAUGUUUGCAUGUUAAUAUCCUCAAAGGCAUUGUCUAUUACAGGGAUCAACGACAGAAGAUACUGGAAUUACAUUCCUACAGAGGAGUCCAGAUUUCACAUGGUCGGCUACCUUCAGCAAAUCUGGUGGUUUGAAGUGGGUGGUGGAAUUGAGUUUCAGUUUCCUGUGGGCACAUACAGCAUUUACUUCCGCCUUCAUCUAGGUCGGCCAUACAAGCGACUCGGCCGGCGAAGCUACAGCCCUGAACACAUUCAUGGCUGGGAUAUAAAACCGGUGCGCUUUCAGCUCUCGACAGCAGACGGCCAGCAGGCAGUAUCAAAAUGCUUCAUCGAUGGACCGGGCGGCUGGGUUCAUUACCAUGGAGGUGACUUCGUGGUCGAGGACUCGAAUACAACGACAAACUUGAAGUUCUCCAUGGCGCAAAUCGAUUGCACUCAUACUAAAGGUGGUCUUUGUGUUGAUUGUGUAUUGAUAUGUCCGAAAGGAUUUAGGGUUGACAAGUUAUUUCCGUUGCAUACAUAAACUUUGUAAAUUAAUCGAUGUCACAAAAUUAACAGAAUUUGCACAAUGCCAAGAUAGUUUGCUUUGUAGGUAGUUGGUUUGUGAAAGAAUUCAUACAUCUUUUCGGAAAAAAGAGGAGGUACUUGUGAAUUAAUUGUUAGGUUUGUUCUGCAUUGAGUUUUUGAGCUUGUAUGUACAUGUUUGUGUUCUUGUUUUGGAAUUUUGUGUAUAUACCCUUAUAAAACUAACUAUUUGCAUA